AUGGUUGUCUUUAGAUCUGACCAGCAAGUCAUUGUACCACAAGCUGGAACUACCACUGUCUACAGAGCAGGACGAGAGAUUGUCAUGGCCAGCUCUGGGACAGAAAGUGGGAGCAAAUCCCAGCAAGAGGAGUCCCUUGCUUCAAGCUCUGUCACCUGCAUUUCACCAAAGGAAAACUGGCAGCCCCAGGAUGAUCUUCAUGAUACCAAGGCCCCCAAAGUAACCCCUGCAUCCUUCUCAGAUGCUUGCAAUCCAUCUGCAGUAAGUUCUCAGCCAGAAAGCUGCAUGACUCAGUCUAGAAGUGCCAGCAUGAGCGACGCCCAGAGGCAAAGGUGUACGCUUUUGCCAAACCCAGCAUUCACAUCAAACAGAGAUGCUACCACAUUUGAGGAGGGAGUUGCUCCUUUCAGCACACAGAGAGACUGCAGCCUACACAGCAAACCUGUCUUCCAGAGAAACAGCAACCUGUUUACAGAGAGUAGGUCUGAAAGGGGAGAAAGCAUGAUUGAUCCAGGGGACUAUGUGACAAAUGGGCCAGAACAGGACAGUAAUCUGUCAAAAGGGGAAGCAGGCAGUUUAUCUGGAUCCCAGAGAAUUUGGUGCCCAUUAGAUGCUGAAGAAGAAAUCUGUGUGUCCAGAAGUUCCUCUGGAUCCCAGGAAAUUGCUCCACCAGACCAGAAAUUCACCAGUCGGACAGAGCUAAUUGAAGAACAGCAAAGCGCAAGAAAAGAUUCCCUGGCGUUUACACCAGACCCAAACAUAACUCUUGCUGAGACAACAAACCACUCUGAGGAGCCUCCAAGCCAUAAAAAUGGAAACAGAAACAGUAUGGCAGAACCAGAAGAAUUGGUGGAUAUGGAGCUUUUUGUAGACACCCUCCGUAACAUGGAGCCUGCUGAACUCAAAAAACCCUUAAAGCUCCUGCCCAGGUCUACGCGCCCUUCCACUCUUGCGAAGCACACUGUCCUCCCACCCAUCCAUGAAGACCACAUCAUCACACCAAAAUCCAAGAUGCGUCUCCCAGCAGCUCUGGGAGAGUUAUUUGCUCUCGCUGAAGAGAAGAACUCAGAAGAAAGAGAAGAUCUCAAGAAGGAAGACACUGGAUUUUCAGAAGAAGAGGAAAUAGAGAACCCAUAUCGCAGCAUGGAUGAAAGGCAGCAAGAGAAAGAGCAGGCCAGAAAGUCUUACCCUUGGGAAAACAAGUCAUUCAAGACCGAAGAAGAAAUUGGGUCUUUCCUGGGGAAACUGCAGCAAGGCCUUGGGGAUCAGGAAGUCAGUGUCAUUGCCCCAAAAGCUUUGGCCAACCAGACCAACUUGAUCAGAGCCAACAUUCUCAAAGGGAUCUCUCUCUUGUCUGGUCUCCCAGACAAGAAGGUGGUGGAAGAAAACAAGCCUUAUUCCCGCCUGGACAACAGCCUUCUUUACAGCAGAUUCAUCUCCCCACAUUCCCAAUUCAGAGAGUCAACAAAAGGGAAAGACGUGAGGUGCUCCAUUAUUUUCCUGGACCCAAGUGCCCCGAAAGGCAACAAAGAACACCAGACAUUUCCAAGUGGGAUACAAAUGGAAAAUGCAUAUAAACAUCGAAGCUCUGAGUCACCAUCUGCAAGCCAAGCUGAGCCUUUCUCCAGGAUGUCAGGGGCAAGCAGGAGCUCCAAGGAGAUGACUGUCCAGUCCAAAGGCACAGAGUCGCCAUCCCGGUCAGCAGCUCAGCAACAAGAAGAAAAUAAACUUCCAAAGAAAGUGAACGUGCGGCCAGGGAAGAUUAUUCUAUAUGCUGAGUCAGGCUUUGGCGGUCAAAAAAGAGAAAUCUGGGGUGAUAUCAUGGAUGCCACAUCUUGGCCACUCUCCCACACCAUUUCCAUUCGAGUGGUUCGAGGAGGCUGGGUGAUGUACGAGAAGCCACGGUUCUAUGGAAGGAAGUGUGUGCUGGCGGAAGGGGAUGUGGAGAUCACAAACCCUUGGAGAAUGUACAACAGAGAUGGGGCAGCAGCUGAGGAUGCACCGUUCCGUAUUGGUUCACUCAAGAGAGUCGUGCGAGAUUAUAAAAUCCCUGAGAUCAGUUUAUUUUCUGAAGAAAAUGGAGAGGGCACAAAACAGAGGUUCACAGAUUCCUCAGAGGACACACGGAUGUACAACCAGCCCUUAAGAGCAGCUUCUAUCAUUGUAUAUUCUGGCCUGUGGCUUGUUUACUCAAAACCAUUCUUUGAUGAUGACCCCUAUGUGCUGGAACCUGGUGGAUAUCCCAGUUUGCAAGCCUGGGGUGCAAAGGACCCCUCUGUCUGCUCCAUACAUCCCAUUAAACUAGGUUGUCCUGUUGUAGAAAAACCUGGAGAACCCAAGGCUGUGAUUUAUGAGAGGCCGCAUUUCCAGGGCCAUAGCUGGGAAGUAAGCCGGGAUAUAUACAAUGUGAAGAAGCCAGAAAACAACCAGGACUCCGGAAUGCCUACUGCAGGCUCUCUGAGAAUCAUGGGUGGCUGCUGGGUUGGUUAUGAGAAGGAAGGCUUUCGUGGCCACCAGUACUUGCUGGAAGAAGGAGAGUACUAUGACUGGUCUCAAUGGGGAGGAUACAAUGAACAGUUGGUGUCCCUUCGGCUGAUCCGGACGGACUUCUUGGACCCAGCCCUUGUACUAUUUGAAGCCAUGGACUUUGAAGAAGGCCCCAGUAUUGAGCUUAGUGAAGCACUGCCGGAUGUUGAGCUGGCCAGCUAUGGAACCAUGACGCAGUCCAUCCAUGUUCUGAGUGGAGUGUGGGUGGCCUACGAAGACAAGAAUUUCGCUGGGGAGCAAUAUAUCCUGGAGAAAGGUGUCUACCGCAACUGUGAAGACUGGGGUGCAAGCAACUGCCAGAUCUCCUCGGUGCAACCUAUCCUCCAGGUUGGAGAGCACAGUCUGCACUUUGUUUCUAAGAUCCAACUCUUCUCAGAUCCAGACUUCUUGGGGAACUAUAUCUCUUUUGAGGAGGACCAAGCAUUGCUUCCAGAGAACUUCAAUCCACGCUCCUGCAGGGUUAAUGGAGGAAGCUGGAUUCUCUAUGAUGGUACCCAGUUUGAGGGUGAACAGCACAUCCUCUCUGAAGGCGAGUAUCCAACGUUGACCUCCAUGGGUUGCCUCUUCACCACGGCCAUCCGUUCACUAAAGAAAGUCCCCAUUUUCUUCUCUGAGCCCUCCAUUUUCCUGCAUGGACUGGAAUGUUUUGAAGGGAAGGAGAUUGAGCUCAAUGCAGAAGUCCGGAGCCUCCAGGCCGAGGGAUUCAAUAACCAUGUGCUCUCUGUGAGGGUGAAGGGUGGCAUUUGGGUAUUGUGUGAACACACUGACUUUCGUGGCCGCCAGUGGCUGCUGGACCGCAUGGAGAUCACCAACUGGCUGACAUAUAGUGGACUCCAGCACAUUGGCUCACUUUACCCCAUCAGACAGAAACGGAUCUACUUCCAAAUAAAAAAUGAAGAGCUGAAGUCCUUUCUGUCUGUCCCAGAUGAUGUUGAAGACAUGAAAGCUGGACGUGUUUUGGUCUCAGAGCUCAGUGAUAGUAGUAGCUCCAUCUGGUACUAUGAAGAUGGACUUCUAAAGAACCAGGCUGCAGCCAACAUGAGUCUGCAGGUGAUCGGUCCAGCUGGAAAGGGCUCCAAGGUGGUCUUAUGGUCUGAGAGUCGAGUGCCCCGGCAAACAUGGCGAAUCGAUUCCUCUGGGAGGAUCUGCAGCCAGAUGUUUGAAGACAAAGUCCUAGAUGUAAAAGGAGGCAGAGCCUAUGAUCAAGAUCAUGCCAUCCUCUGGGAUUCAUCUGAAGAAAGGCCCACACAGAUCUGGCAUAUCCAGGUGCUCUGAAGAUGACAAGAAUGGAAAGGUGGUGCUAUGUUCAGAACCAGGAGUCACUUUGUAUGCCAUAGACUUUCACCUUUUCCUGUCCAAGGCGCACCUUGGAGAUUUUGGCAUUUUAUCUGGGUAGCAGAAGCCAUCCUUCCUCUACAGAUCACAGCCUGGGGGAAAGGGGAUACCAUUCUACACCAACCAGAGAUUCUGUCUUCUUGGGAUGGGCCUGUAUUAGGGGAGAAGGCAAAAGCAAAUUGGUUUUCAACCACUCGGA